AUGCCUAGACGACGCCUCCAGCUCCGAUACUCUUCCGACGAAGAAGAAGAUGAAAUUAGUGUUGCUCCUUCUGUGCAACCGGAACCCUCAGUAGCGUCGAGUUUUAACCCUAAUCCGGGAGAGGGAAUCUCUGUAUCGGAAGUUGAGAUUAUCGACGUAUCUGGUAAUCCGACUCCUACACCGCCGGAUUCUAGUAUUCCUACACCGUAUCCGGUUGAUCCGUCUGGGUCGGAGUCGGAGGGUGUGAAUAACUAUGCUUCGCCGAUCGGUAUGAUUCUUUUUCGAAAAGGGUUUAAACUGAAGACGGAUUGGUGGGUCUCUUGUCUUGCUAGACUUGAAAGUUCCGUUCCACAAUUCUCCGGCCUCAAUGUGGAAGCAAAAGCUAAGCAUUGUUUCGAGAAGUUCCUGUUUUCCGACAUGAAUUUAUGCGGAGGUGGGGUUCUUCCUCGGAAUGUUGCGUCUAUGAAUCUUGAAGAACUCGCUGGUCCGUUUGUUCUGCAGGUUGAUGAGAUUGUUAACAUUGGCUCACCGCUCAAAGGGCGGUAUGAAAACGCUAAUGCAGGGCUUAAGAGGUGUCUUAAGCUGUCAAUGACCGAUGGUGUUCAACGCGUUUUCGGUAUGGAAUACAGACCUAUUAAAGAUCUUCAAGUUUUGGCUCCUGCUGGUUUAAAGAUUGUUGUAUCUAGUGUACAAGUUCGACAUGGGAUUUUAAUGCUAGUACCUGAGAUUGUAGAAGUCUUAGGAGGGAUGGUUGAAGAAUUGGAAGAAGCACGAAAGCGUCUGGUUGUUGAAGUGAAUAAGCCUCCAAGAGGGAAAAGAACAAGGAAUGGAGUGGUUCCUUCAUUGGCAACCAGAGCAACUCUAGCUGCGUGGUCACCGGAUGACAAUGCUACUGGUAAUCGUGCAAACAGUUCUACCUCGGAAAAUGCUAGUCACGCUCAGACUAAUGGUCAAGGCAUUCCAUCGAAUGUAAGAAGAACUCAUAUGAAUCCGCAGACGAUGAAUGGGCCUCCUCCUUCCAUCAAUGUGGAAGCUACUGUUUCAAGGGUUGAGCAUAUGCAGAUUGAUACUGCCUUUCCGCACAGGGAAAGAGUGGUUUCUGAUUUACACUCGACUUCUAAUAACAUUCACAUGACAGCAUCCACAGCCUGUUCUAGCGGCAGUGAAAUGCAUAUUGACAAUGGUCGUGUUAGGGAAACGACGUCUCCUGUAUUUGGUUCAGGUUUAGGCUCUCUUGCAGAUGAAGAAGUCAGUAAUAGAGCUGUCGAUUUGGAAAUCCCUUCUGUGCUGUCUACCAAUGCAGAGAGGCCUUUUACUUACUUAGCCGAUUUGUCUCAAAAGUGGGCAGUAAUGAAAGAUACCAUGCAUUCUGUGCAAGGAAGGAUCAAGUGCUUUCUAACCGGAGUGAAGAAAUUCCAGUUCAAGCAACAGUCUACAUUUGAGCUUGUAUGCUAUGUUGACGAUGGUAGUCUCAUCUGUGAGAUCUUGCUCCAUAACGACGUUGUACAACAAACGAUAGGUCACUCAUCAAUGGAGGUCUCAGCUGCUCUUUCCUCUUCAGCAUCAACAACAAUAAACACCAUGAUGAAGGAGAAACUAAAACGCUUACAAUUGUUUCUAGCUGACUUCGAGGGAAUAAUGGUGGUAGAAAUUAGCAGAUCAUCGCAGUAUCCAGUAGCUAUCGAAAUGACUCAGGGAUGUUCAUUAACCGAUGCUCGGUUACUAUUUGAAAGGAUCAAAUCUUCUGCAACAACAUCCUCGCACUUAGAUCCAGUUGUUGUUAUUUCCCCUUGA